AUGGAGUCACUCCUGCUGCCGGUGCUGCUGCUGUUGGCUGUCCUGUGGACUCAGGCGGCCGCCCUCAUUAACCUGAAGUACUCAGUAGAAGAGGAGCAGCGUGCCGGGACGGUGAUCGCCAACGUGGCCAAGGACGCCCGCGAAGCAGGCUUUGCGCUGGACCCACGGCAAGCCUCUGCUUUCCGUGUGGUGUCCAACUCGGCUCCGCACCUGGUGGACAUCAAUCCCAGCUCCGGCCUUUUGGUGACCAAGCAGAAGAUCGACCGCGACCUGCUGUGCCGCCAGAGCCCCAAAUGCAUCAUCUCUCUGGAAGUCAUGUCCAGCUCAAUGGAGAUAUGCGUGAUUAAAGUGGAGAUCAAAGACUUGAAUGACAAUGCGCCCAGCUUCCCUGCAGCACAGAUAGAGCUGGAGAUCUCAGAGGCAGCCAGCCCUGGCACACGCAUCCCUCUGGACAGCGCCUACGACCCGGAUUCUGGCAGUUUCAGUGUGCAGACGUACGAGCUCACACCUAAUGAGCUGUUCGGCCUGGAGAUCAAGACGCGAGGCGAUGGCUCACGCUUUGCUGAACUCGUGGUAGAGAAGAGCCUGGACCGUGAGACACAGUCGCACUACAGCUUUCGAAUCACUGCUCUUGAUGGAGGCGACCCUCCGCACCUGGGCACUGUUGGCCUCAGCAUCAAGGUGACUGACUCCAAUGACAACAACCCAGUAUUUGGCGAGUCCACCUACGCGGUGAGUGUGCCAGAGAACUCGCCUCCAAACACACCCGUCAUCCGCCUCAAUGCCAGCGACCCAGAUGAGGGCACCAAUGGCCAGGUGGUCUACUCCUUCUAUGGCUACGUUAAUGACCGCACUCGUGAGCUCUUCCAGAUUGACCCCCACAGUGGCCUCGUCACGGUCACUGGUGCCCUAGACUAUGAAGAGGGCCAUGUGUAUGAACUGGACGUGCAGGCCAAGGACCUGGGGCCCAACUCUAUCCCAGCACACUGCAAGGUCACUGUCAGUGUUCUGGACACCAACGACAACCCACCGGUCAUCAACCUGCUGUCGGUCAACAGCGAGCUCGUGGAGGUGAGCGAGAGCGCCCCCCCGGGCUACGUGAUUGCAUUGGUGAGGGUGUCUGAUCGAGAUUCUGGCCUCAAUGGGCGUGUGCAGUGCCGUUUGCUGGGCAAUGUGCCCUUUCGGCUGCAAGAGUACGAGAGCUUCUCUACUAUCCUGGUGGACGGACGGCUGGAUCGAGAGCAGCAUGACCAGUACAACCUCACAAUCCAGGCGCGCGAUGGCGGAGUGCCCAUGCUGCAGACUGCCAAGUCCUUUACUGUGCGCAUCACGGAUGAGAACGACAACCACCCGCACUUCUCCAAGCCCUAUUACCAGGUAAUUGUGCAGGAGAACAACACGCCCGGCGCCUAUCUUCUCUCUGUUUCUGCCCGAGAUCCCGAUUUGGGUCUCAAUGGCAGUGUCUCCUACCAGAUAGUGCCAUCGCAAGUAAGGGACAUGCCUGUCUUUACCUACGUCUCUAUCAACCCCAACUCUGGCGACAUCUACGCCUUGCGGUCCUUCAACCACGAGCAGACCAAGGCAUUCGAAUUCAAGGUUCUGGCCAAGGACGGCGGUCUGCCCUCCCUGCAGAGCAACGCCACGGUUCGGGUCAUCAUUCUCGAUGUCAAUGACAAUACCCCAGUCAUCACGGCCCCACCACUGAUCAAUGGCACUGCUGAAGUCUACAUUCCCCGCAACUCCGGCAUAGGCUAUCUGGUGACUGUCCUUAAAGCAGACGACUACGACGAGGGCGAGAACGGCCGGGUCACCUACGACAUGACAGAGGGAGAUCGCGGCUUCUUUGAAAUAGACCAGGCCAACGGGGAGGUCAGAACCACUCGCACCUUCAGCGAGAGCUCUAAGCCUUCCUAUGAACUUAUUGUGGUGGCCCACGAUCACGGCAAGACGUCUCUGUCCGCUUCUGCGCUCAUCCUAAUCUACCUGUCCCCUGCUCUGGACGCUCAGGAGUCAAUGAGUUCAGUGAACUUGUCUCUGAUUUUCAUUAUUGCCCUGGGCUCAAUUGCUGGCAUCCUCUUUAUCACUAUGAUCUUCGUGGCAAUCAAGUGCAAACGAGACAACAAAGAGAUCCGGACCUACAACUGCAGUAAUUGUUUAACCAUCACUUGUCUCCUGGGCUGUUUUAUAAAAGGACAAAACAGCAGGUGUCUGCAUUGCAUCUUGAUUUCUCCCAUUAGCAAGGAGCAAGACAAAAAGGCUGAGGAGAAAGUGAGCCUAAGGGGAAAGAGGAUUGCUGAGUACUCCUAUGGGCAUCAAAAGAAGUCAAGCAAGAAGAAAAAAAUUAGUAAGAAUGACAUCCGCCUGGUACCCCGGGAUGUGGAGGAGACAGACAAGAUGAACGUUGUCAGUUGUUCCUCCCUGACCUCUUCUCUCAACUAUUUCGACUACCACCAGCAGACACUGCCCCUGGGCUGCCGUCGCUCUGAGAGCACUUUCCUGAAUAUAGAGAACCAGAAUACCCGCAAUACCAGCACCAGCCACAUCUAUCACCACUCUUUCAACACACAGGGCCCCCAGCAGCCAGAUCUGAUAAUCAAUGGUGUGCCUCUGCCUGAGACUGAAAACUAUUCUUUUGACUCCAACUAUGUGAACAGCCGAGCCCAUUUAAUCAAAAGCAGCUCCACCUUCAAGGACUUAGAGGGCAACAGUCUGAAGGAUAGUGGACAUGAGGAAAGUGACCAGACUGACAGUGAGCAUGAUGUCCAGCGGAGCCUGUAUUGUGAUACUGCUGUCAAUGAUGUGCUGAACACCAGUGUGACCUCCAUGGGAUCUCAGAUACCUGACCAUGAUCAGAAUGAAGGAUUUCACUGCAGAGAAGAAUGCCGGAUUCUUGGCCACUCUGACAGGUGCUGGAUGCCCCGGAACCCCCUGCCUACCCACUCCAAGUCUCCUGAGAAUGUAGGCAACAUCAUCGCUCUGUCCAUUGAAGCUACUGCUGCUGAUGUUGAGGCUUAUGACGACUGUGGCCCCACAAAGCGGACUUUUGCAACCUUUGGAAAAGAUGUCAGCGACCACCCAGCUGAGGAGAGGCCCACCCUGAAAGGCAGGAAGACUGUUGAUGUGCCCAUGUGCAGCCCUAAAGUCAAUGGUGCUAUCCGAGAAGCAGGCAAUGGCUGUGAGGCUAUUAGCCCUGUCACCUCCCCUCUGCACUUCCAGAGCCCUCUGCCCAUCAAACCUUCUGUGUCUUACACAAUUGCCCUGGCGCCAUCUGCCUGUGAUCUGGAACAGUAUGUUACCAAUGUCAACAAUGGCCCUUCUCGUCCUUCUGAAGCUGAGCCUCGUGGAGCUGACAGCAAGAAAGUAAUGCAUGAAGUCAACCCCAUUCUGAAGGAGGGUCGCAACAAAGAGUCUCCUGGCAUAAAGCGUCUGAAGGACAUCAUUCUCUAA